CCAAACGCCAGAGGUCGCGCUUCACCGGAGGUUCCGCCCAGCAGGUACCUUUACAUAAGAAUAAAAACAGCCAGCUGGUGCCCACGGUGCUCAAAAUGAAAACAUGGCCCACACAGCCCUGACCCACGAGACAGAAGUUCGCCACUUGCCACUUUUCCAGAAAAGAGAGCUGGCGGAAAUACUCGAGGUGCAAGAUGCUUGGAAGUUCUUGAUGUCGGCGAUUACGGAGAAUGAGAGCGGAGAGAUAAAAUUCAAGUAUUCGCCUAGGCACAUCACUAUCAUAGAACGAGAGGCGAGGGCAAAGCCAGAACUCAGAGCAGCCGAGAUUUUAUUCGAGGAAUGGGGCACCAGUGGAAGAAAGAGACCCACACUGCAGAACCUGAUGGACACACUGGCUCAGCUGCAGCUUUACAGAGCGGCUGACUUUGUGUCAAUGAAUAUUUUAGGAGGGGCGCCUGUCAAAAGACUGGAAACCAAUCUGCCGCAUGAGAUACAAGAUGUUUUGCACGAUUAUGAAAAAGCAGAAACAUUGCCAAUUGAGGCCAACCCUGAGCAACCAGAAUGUGAACUUGUAACAAUCCCGUAUGAAGAGCUUGAGGACUUUUGCGGUUGGAACUACAGGGAGCAGGGAAAGGAGCAGUGCAUUGGCGUUGGAGCGUUCGCCUGUGUCUUCAAAGCCUCGAUUCCAGCAAUCAACAACGGCGAGGCCGUGGCCGUAAAAAGGUUCCACUCAGGAAAUGUGAAUGCUCCUCGCCAGUUUGAAAAGGAGCUUAGCGCCCUGAGGGACUUGAAUCACAGGAACAUCGUGAGGAUGCUUGGACUGUGCGAGGGAGAGCACAAAUGUUUGGUGCUCGAGUUAAUGGAGAAUGGAAAUCUGGAGGACAGCCUAGCCUGCAAGAACCGAUCAACCCCGUUGAAUUGGAGGACGAGGAUCAAAAUAGCCUUGGACGCUGCCGAGGCUCUCAAGUACCUCCACUCUUCCAGGCUCAUCCACAGGGAUAUCAAGUCGGCAAACAUUCUGCUGGAUGCGAACUGCAACGCAAAGUUAGCUGAUUUCGGUUUAAUGCAAGAAGAGGUGAGGCCAGCAGCCGGAUCGGCAGACAAGGAAGAAGACAGCGAUGAUGAAGACGCCAGUUCGAGAACCGAAAUCGCAGGCACCUCCUGCUACAUGUCACCGGAAGCUUUGCUCUACGGAAAGGUUUCCAUUAAAGGCGACAUUUUCAGCUUUGGAGUGGUUCUCCUGGAGCUGCUAACUUCCUUGCCUGCGGAUGACGAUAACAGGACAAUCAGAUCCUUGCUGAUUUUCGUGGAUGAAACUUGUGGUGAAAACUCAAUAGCACCCCUUUUGGACACGAAAGCUGGAGUGUGGGGAGGCCAAGGACAGCCUGUGGCACAUAGACUGUAUAACCUUUGUAUUCAUUGCACAAACAGACAAGAUGAACAACGGCCAAGUAUUUUAAAUGUAGUUGAGAGAUUGCAAAAUAUCAGCAGAAUAUGAUUUUUUGUUUUAAAUAGUUUCAAAUAAAAAAAUACCUUGUCAGUA